AUGCAGAAAAUAAUGGAGUACCACUGGACUACCAAACUUCGCCUUCUCGUUUUUAGUUCACAUAUUGUCCACUGGGGGCUCCUACUCACAUUGUCUGUGCUUAUCUAUGGCUCCCACGCCCCAUUGAUUACCCUGUGCAAAGUAGACAAGAAGAUCCCAUUCAGCUCCUCAUCCUGUGUCGUCCUAAUAGAAUUGGCCAAGUUUAUAGUCUCGCUGGGGCUGCUAUUUCUCCGAGAUCGGCACUCCUUGCACAUUGCAGUUUCCUGGAAACACGUUGUCCCCUACGCAGUCCCAGCCUUGCUCUACGCAGUCAACAAUAACUUGGUGGUUUUCAUGCAGGUCCACAUGGACCCCAGCACCUUCCAGGUCCUGAGCAACUUGAAGAUUGCCUCCACUGCACUCCUUUAUAGCGCCGCCUUGAGAAAACGGCUUAAUCACAGGCAGUGGUUGUCGCUGGCUUUGCUGAUGGCAACAGGGAUAUGCCACACAUAUAGCAGCAUGGGCACACCCAAGCAGAAGGUGGAUGAAGCCAUACCUGGAACACAGUUUCACAUCACUGCCCUGGGCCUGCUACUAUUGCUUGUGUACUGCAUUGUGUCUGGCUUGGCUGCUGUCUACACAGAGCUCAUCCUUAAGACUCAGAGACUGCCUCUGAACCUGCAGAACCUCUUCCUCUAUUUCUUCGGGAUUGUAGUGAACUCGGGCGCCCACCUCGCCAGUGCCGAGGUCAGCAGUGGCUUUUUCGAUGGUUACUCAUGGUGGGUGGGGGUAAUCGUGGUUACCCAAGCUCUGAACGGGUUGCUCAUAUCUGUCGUCAUGAAGCACAGCAGCAACAUCACCCGUCUCUUUGUCAUCUCCUGCUCCAUGCUGGUCAACGCUGUUUACUCUGUUGCACUGUUUAACCUGCAGCUUACUCCACUCUUCUUUGUUUCCGUUUUCUUUAUUGCAAUGGCCAUUCACUUAUACUACCAUGUGUAAAAUGUACGGGUUACGGUAUUAUUCCUUCUGAACAAUAAGGACAUUUUUUAUUUUGUAUUGAAUUUGGUCACUAGGGAAGAAAUAGUGAGCAUCAGUCUGCUGGUUAAUGUUUUGAAUCCCGUCUGAGCUACAUCAAGACCACUAAGGGCAACACACAUUUGACCACCGUUUGGCCAGUCAGCUGCCAAGAAACCACCGAUAGCAGCAUGUGGCUAUAACUGAUCUACAAUAUCUGAAUAAGUUAAGGACAACUGAAUAGUUGUGAUGCAGACAAUUGACUAAAUGUAAGCUGCAUUUCUUUGUUUUUGAUGCAACUAGGAUUUUUUUUUCAUUAUUAUUAUUAUUAUUAUUAUUAUUAUUAUUAUUAUUAUUAUUAUUUCAAUUGAUUGUUUCUUGGUGCUUUACAUCAUGUAUGUAUUUUGCUGUGAAACUUGCAUGGGUCUUCUUUUGUUCUAUUUGAAUUUCCACAGGUUGUCUUUGAUGCAUUGCAGUUCUUGCACAAUGUUACCUUCUGCCUAGCUACCAUUUACCAACAGCAUGUAUAAAUUGUGCUGUCUUGAGAAAAAAAGGUCAACGUUUAUUUGUCACUGAUGUACUUUGUGGAUUUAGAUGGGAACGUGAUUUUAUUUUCUCCACUGUUGCCAUUAUUACAAUCUGUAACAGCCUGUGACUGUAUAGGGGUAACAGUAAUGUAACAGUAACUACCUCGUGUCACUUAAGGUAGUGUUCUCCAACCCCCUGUCUUCAUAAACCUUGCCUUCUUUUUACAUAUUCUUAGUUUAUCACGUUUUAAUCUCAUUGGGAUAAUUAUAAAAUUGCCACGAAAUAAUGUCUUCGUUCACACUUAUUCCCCUAUGUACAGAACAGUUGGAGGUCACUGGUGCUCUGUUCUUAAUGCAUAUAUUACACCUGUUUCUCUGUUCAAUAAAGUGACCUUUACAAACA